AUGAAAGGCGGCGCCGUGACGGGUAUUCGCGACCCAUCCCUCAUCAGACGGUCAUCAGACGGGACCUACUUCCUCUUCGGCACCAUGGGGAACGGCACGGUACACACGGCACACAGCAUCCACGGGCCAUGGACAAGAGAGGCUGAGGGCGCGCUCGACAUAGCCCAGACGGUCGUGGGCCCGCAGGUGUAUGAGAUCGACGGGACGUACUACAUGUACUAUUCCCAGCACACCGGAAAGCCGCCGGACUGGUACUAUACGGCAAAUAUCCAUGUGGCCAGCUCCAAGACGAUGGAGCACGGCUCAUGGACGCUGCAUGGAGAGCUGGACAUUCCGAUGAACAACGAGAGGCUGGCGAAUCACAAGUCGACAGAUGGGUACAAUGUCCUGGACGCCUCGCUGCUCGUCGCAGACGGGGCUAAGGACAAGUACUACCUCUCCUUUGGAUCCUACUACACUGGCUUGUAUCAGACGCCACUGAAUAGCCCGAUCAAUAUGAACGCCAAGGAAACCGCGCAGGAGAUGACACACCUGGAGUACAACUCGACAGGCGGACACUCAACAGAAGGCAGCUUCCAGUUUGCCUGGCCGACCGACGGCUCCGCGCCGACCAAGUACUAUCUCUUCUUUAGCAGCGGGCAGUGCUGCAAGUUCCAGACGCGAGGGGUGCCGCCACCAGGAGACGAGUACAAGAUCAUGGUGUGCCGAGCCGACCACCCAGCUGGCCCGUACCUCGAUCAAGACGGGAGGAACUGCUUGACCCAGAACGGCGGCACGAUUGUGCUGGGCAGCCAUGGCUCGGUAUACGCGCCGGGUGGACAAGGCGUGAUGUACAGUGAGGAGCUGCACUGCGUCGUCCUGUACUAUCACUAUACGCCAGCAAACAAAGGGAAGCCGGACCUGAGUGUUGGCGACACGGGAACAUACUUCGGAUUUAAUCAGCUGAGUUUUGACAAACAUGGCUGGGAGGGCUGGCCAGUGAUCACGCUUGCCACGGGGGAUGUGUCGACGGCACCAGCGGACAGUAUGUCGACUCACGAGUCGUAG